CUCAUGUUGGAACUGAGUCCAGUUUGAAUCUGAAAUAUUGUUUCAUCUCUCUUUCUCUCUGUGUUCUCUCCUCUGCAGACUCUGUCAGGCUGCUGGGGGGGACCAGUCUGUGCUCAGGCAGACUGGAGGUGAACUCUAACCAGUCUAACCCGUCCUGGUCCUCAGUGUGUGAGGCUGACUUUGACCAGCAGGAUGCUCAGGUGGUCUGCAGGCAGCUGGGCUGUGGGGCUCCUUCAGCCCUCCAGGGGGCGCUCUAUGGAGAAGGGGAGGCUCCAAUGGGGACCAAAGAGUUCCAGUGUGGAGGCCAAGAGUCUGCUCUCCUGGACUGUAGCUCAGCCUCAGAGAGAAACACCUGCUCACCUGGCACAGCUGUUAGCCUCACCUGCUCAGAGCCGGUCAGACUGGAGGGAGGAGAGAGUCGCUGUGAAGGAGCUCUGGAGGUGAGACGUGAGGGAAAAUGGAGACCAGUGGGCUAUCCCUCUCCAUGGACCCUGAAGGAAGCAGCAGUCGCCUGCAGAGAGCUCGACUGUGGCUCUGCUGUUUCUGUGGGAUGGAGAGAGGAGUCCUCAAAGAGAGAUGUGUGGGGGAUCAGCUCUCGCUGUCUUCAGUCUGGAUCUCUGAGGGACUGUGCAUCAUCAUCUUCCUCUCGCUACACCCUGACUAUCACCUGCUCAG